GGCCAUUUUAUAAGCAGCGCGCAGAUCGCCUCCAGGCCAAACCAUAGCAGAAGCCAACACAAGCACAUUGGCGUAGACAUGUCGCGGCAGGGCGUGGACGAGGAGGAGGAGGACCAGAAGCCGGUGAUCAAGCCCGGCGUGCACGUGACACUCAAGGUGCGGAACACCGACGGCCACACCGUCUACCGCACCAUGCGGCGGACGGAGCAGCUGCAGAGCCUCAUGGACUUCUACUACGCCAGCGUGCCGGCGGUCCAGCGCGGCACGGGGCGGUUCCUGUACGACGGCGGCCGGCUGCGCGGCUGGCAGACGCCGGCGGAGCUCCAGAUGGAGGACGGCGACGAGGUGGACUUCUUCACCGAGCUGCUGGGAGGCGGCGGGACAAGCGCGCUCCCGAAAGCUGAGCGGGGCAUGGCGGCGGAUCUCCGUUUCGUCACGCUCAAGGUGGUCGAUCAGGAGCAGCGCCUGGUCCGCCGCACCAUCAGGAUGACCGCCCAGCUCCAGAUUGUCAUGGAUGCGUACUACGACGAGGCGGGGGACGUCGUCAGAGGCACCGGCUCCUUCUGGUUCGAAAACGUUCGGCUGCGCGGCGAGCGCACGCCGGCGUAUUUCAAGCUGCAAGACGGGGACGCCAUCGACUUUGAAACGCAGCUUGGCGGCGGGAUCCCGUUCUAGGCAGUAGUGCUCAUAUCAUAUUUGCAUUGCACUUCACCAAGUGAUCGCCGAGCUCUUUAGGGAACGCAAAAUAAAAUAUGAUGCAUUUCGAUGUUCCCGGUUUCAGUUCAUUUCAAUGUCGUCGUAGUUCUAUCUUCACUCCGUUUCUGGCUUCACAAACCACAGUGCUCAUAUGGUUUUCAGAUGGUGGGU